GUCGACUGAUAAGAAGGUAAAACCAGUAUAUCAUUAAGGACAUUUCUUAUUGUUCAUUGUGUGCGUGGUGACAGCAUGACAAGACUUUUAUUAGCAUCGGCUAUUUUCUUAACUGCUUGUAUUUACAAGUUAAAUGCAGCUCAAACACUGCGUUUUGCAAAUUACUAUGACAACCACAUGGUGCUACAGAUGUCUCCAAAACAGGCCCAAGUUUGGGGUUAUGCAUCGACAGUUGGGGACACCGUUUUCGUAACUCUUAACGGAGCAAAUGUAGCAAACGCCACAGUCAAACAUGGGUCGGGAUCAAUGGGUGUUUGGUCAGCACUGCUUCCGCCACAGAAUGCAGGAGGUCAUGCAACGUUGGAAAUUAAAUCACACGACGGUCACGUCAAACUUACGAAUGUGAUGUUUGGUGACGUGUGGGUAUGUUCUGGACAGAGCAACAUGGUUUUCCCCAUGUACCAUGUUUUAAAUCAAAGCUAUGAGCUUGAACUCUCAUCACACUUCCACAACAUACGUUUUAUGGCAGUGAAAACGUCAAGGUCAAACAGUACACUGGCUGAGCCGGCAAUCUCAACCAGGUGGCAGAUGCCGACGGUAAAUGACGUUGGUACCCAGCACUUCUCCGCAGUAUGUCUCCUGUACGCAAUGAACAUAGCCCCACAUAUCAACCGCCCCAUUGGUCUUGUACAGACUGCAUACGGUGGAACCAUGAUUGAAGCAUGGUCAUCCCCAGAUGCUAUAGCAACAUGUGGUCUUCAUGACAGAAAAGGAGCUGUCGUUGGGCCUUUGGAGCUUUGGAAUGCAAUGCUCUUUCCAUUAUUAAAAAUGACAAUCUAUGGAGUUUUGUGGUAUCAAGGGGAAUCCAAUUCCGGGUAUUACCAGGACUAUAUGUGCCAAUUUCCCGCCAUGAUUGAUGAUUGGCGGGAAAAGUUUCACGCGGCCUCUCAUCAACAAAGCAGCAAGACAUUUCCAUUUGGAUUUGUGCAGCUCGCAGCGGUUAAAAACCAGACAAUAAGGGUAGCAAUGCCAGAUCUACGAUGGGCACAAACAGCUGGCUAUGGGUAUGUUCCUAAUCCAGUACUUCAGAAUGUAUUCAUGGCAGUAGCUAUGGAUCUUCCAGACUAUGCUUCGCCGUAUGGAAGUGUACAUCCUCGGGACAAGAUGGAUGUUGCUGAACGUCUAGCCUUAGCCGGUCGAGCUGUAGCAUAUGGAGAAUCGAACAUUGAUUUCCAGGGUCCUAUACCAUCUAAAUUUACUUUGAAUUCUGACCACACUCUUACCAUAGAGUUCGACCACGGCAACAACCCUAUUGAGGUCCGAAAAAAUAAUGGAUUUGAGGUAUGUUGCUCGCACCUUUCGAAUGAAACUUGCAAGUUUUGGCAGUACAGCUACACAAAUAUUACACAUCAUGAUCAAACUAGCGUUACCAUAGAUACAUCUGUUUGCCAUGGGUACAAAAGCCUUGUGACGUCAGUUAAAUACGCAUGGGAAAUGAGUCCCUGUGAGUUUAAGAUGUGUGCCAUCUACGGGCGGGACAACGACUUACCUGUGUCAGGGUUCAAGGCCUCGUUACCUCGACACGCAGUUUGAUAUGUUUUCUGAAUACCAGUGUUAUAAAGAAUAAUAGUGAAAUAAAACGUAAAGUAACAGAAAAAUAAUA